AUGUCUGACGAGCCGUCGUUGCCUCAGCUUCCCGCCGUAUCGUGGGACGAGCAAUAUCAGAGCUUCUCUUUCAACCCCCGCAAGCGUGGCCGUAAUAACUAUCAAACCGGGUAUUCAUCGCCGCUGCUGUUCAAUUCUAGUGAUCCCGCAGUCUUCUCUAGUGAUGACGACCCGGGAUUGGACAAUUAUGUAGAAGGGCGGCCGAAGAAGCGCUAUGUUGGGACCUGGUUUCAGCAGCACCCUGCGACAGACGGCAACGCACCCAACACACUGCAGCAGACAAGACGCACACUGACAAGGGACUAUGACAGCGGCGUUUUUCUGGGCAGCGAUGUCACCACGGAUGCAGAUUGCGGCAGUGACUUGGACUGCCUGAAGAUUCCAAGUCGGCCAAGGCUGCAACCGAUCCGUUUGUCGUACGCUGAGAUGGCGGCCAGGCGGAAGAUUGAGGAGUGCAUUGACAGGGGUGUUGAAUCGGUUGAUCUGUGGUCCAUGGGACUAGAAGAGAUCUCCGAUGGCACCAUUGAACGUCUGGGCCAAGUUGCCAACAUACCAGAUGUGGCCAAGGAUGUGGCCUUUGUGCCAAGGGAGCCCGAGCUGAAGCUGUUCCUUGCGAAAAACAGGCUAUCACGAUUGCCCGGCAGCCUCUUUGACCUCACACAUCUUGUGGUUCUCAGUCUUCGUGGAAACCAACUUACGGAACUGCCCCCCGCGAUUUGCAAGCUGCGCAACCUGAAGCAGCUCAAUUUGUCUCACAACAAUUUCUCGCACCUGCCUGCCGAGUUGCUUGAUUUAUUGCAAUAUGGAGGUCAGCUCUCCGAGCUGAACCUGCUUGCCAAUCCACUCAUCCAACCACAAGGCUGCAUAGAGUCUCUAGAGUCCAUUCUAGAGCCCAUAGCUGAGGACAAUGACGAGGCUUUUCUAUGCCCUGCCCCAAAAAUCCUGUACAGAUAUGAACGGCCAGUGGCGAUGUGUGAAGUCCCGCGAUACCUGAGCCGGUGGCUUGGCCGAAGCCCGGUGCAAUUUUGUGAUUCCAGGGGCCAGCUUCUCUCAGAAUUUCGUACUGCGUUGGAUUCGGAAAUACCAGUGCUACCUGUGGAGGUAGCAAGUAACAGGAUCGGCCUCGCAGCCACAUACUCCCCACCGGCAUCGACGAAUUUCCGAAAGCAAGCGACGAAGCCGAGUGCCGUGCCCAGCUUACUCGAGAUGGCUCUGCGGAGCUGCUACCGCAGCAGCCAACUUCCUGACCUCGAGUCUUACAUGCCAGAAGGACCUGAGCACCUUCGAAAGUUGCUACGACGAGCCUCUUCGCAGAAAGACAUGGGUGGUCUGGUUUGCUCAAACUGCCGAAAGACGCUGAUUGUACCCCCAAUGCAAUGGAUCGAAUGGCGAGAACUAAGGACCAGCCAAAUCAGGGGCAACGCGGGAGAAGAUUACGAGAUUAUCAGCACGUGGACGUAUUCCACUGACAAGAGCGAGAUUGCAGUGCCUUUUCUUUAUCGAGCGUGUUCGUGGAAUUGCGGGCCAAAGGAUUUGGAGAAGGAUAAGGGGUGGAAUAUGCUAGAGGGGUAUUCCUCCGUGAGGGUUCUUCCUCUUGGACAGUGGGGAUAA